AUGGGAAACCAUGUUGGAAGUUUGAAAAAGGAGGAGGUGGAGCAGUUGGUAUCCUCAUCACAUUUUGAUUCACGUGAACUAAAGUCAUUGUUCAGAGACUUCAAGAAGGAUUUACCAUCGGGUAGCGCAGUGGUCAGUAGAGCAGAGUUCAAAGAGAUAAUGACACAGAUGGGUAUAGCAGACACAUUCCUACAUGAUCUAUUAUUCAAUGUGUUCGAUCGUAACAAGGAUAAUACGAUUAACUUUCAAGAGUUUGUAUGUGGACUGUCUGUAGUGAUCAGAGGUACGCCAGAGGAGAAGAUAGAUUUUGCCUUCUCAUUGUAUGAUAUGGAUAGUGAUGGAUACAUCACAAGGAAGGAUAUGGAGUUGAUGUUGGAGAGCAUGUAUAGAUUGGUUGGCUCAUAUGUCACGUGUGGCGGCAAACGCUUCGAUCAGCAACAGGACUUUAUCGAUGAUUUCUUUGACAAGAUGGAUGAGAAUGGCGACGGACUGAUAUCCAAAGAGGCCUACAAGCGUGGUGCCCUGAAGAAUGCCGAUAUACUUCAAGGUCUGCGUAUUGUCAAUCAGUAG